AUGGGAGACCUGGACGGAGUCCCCGGCUCCCGGCCCAGACCGGCCUUUGCAGACACUGGGGGAGUGAGACUGAGGGGGAUUCCAGCACUUGGCGUUUCUUGUGUCAGAGGGACGCAGAAAGUAGAACGGACGUGGUGGGGCUCAGCACAGCUCCACGCCACCGUCUUUGCCGGUUCUUCUCUGGGCCCCCGGUGCAGCCAGCGUCCAAGGCUCCCAGAGGAAGCAGCAGGGCCAGGGGUGGGGCCCGUGGAGGCGCCAUCCCCGUGGCCUGAAACCCGGCCUCCGUGUCCCCCACAGGCCUUCGGAAACGCCAAAACAGCCCACAACAACAACUCGAGCCGGUUCGGGAAGUUCAUCCAAGUCAACUACCUGGAGAGUGGCAUCGUGAGAGGAGCCGUCGUGGAGAAAUACCUGCUGGAGAAGUCUCGCCUGGUGUCUCAGGAGAAGGAUGAGCGGAACUACCACGUGUUUUAUUAUUUGUUGCUCGGUGUCAGUGAGGAGGAGCGCCAAGAAUUCCAGCUCAAGCAGCCCGAAGAUUAUUUCUACCUCAACCAGCAUAACUUGAAGAUUGAAGACGGGGAGGACCUGAAGCACGACUUUGAGAGGCUCCAGCAGGCCAUGGAGAUGGUGGGCUUCCUGCCCGCCACCAAGAAGCAGAUCUUCUGCGUGCUCUCGGCCAUCCUGGACCUGGGCAACAUCACUUACAAGAAGAGAGCCACGGGCCGCGACGAAGGCCUGGAGGUCGGGCCCCCGGAGGUCCUGGACACGCUGUCCCAGCUCCUGAAGGUGAAGCGCGAAAUUCUGGUGGAGGUGCUGACCAAGAGGAAAACGGUGACGGUCAAUGACAAGCUCAUCCUGCCCUACAGCCUCAGCGAGGCCGUCACCGCCCGCGACUCCAUGGCCAAGUCGCUGUACAGCGCCCUGUUCGACUGGAUCGUGCUGCGCAUCAACCACGCGCUCCUCAACAAGAGAGACGUGGAGGAGUCGGUCUCGUGCCUGUCCAUCGGGGUCCUGGACAUCUUCGGCUUCGAAGACUUCGAGAGGAACAGCUUUGAGCAGUUCUGCAUCAACUACGCCAACGAGCAGCUGCAGUACUACUUCAACCAGCACAUCUUCAAGCUGGAGCAGGAGGAGUACCAGGCCGAGGGGAUCACGUGGCACAACAUUGACUACACCGACAACGUGGGCUGUAUCCACCUCAUCAGCAAGAAGCCCACGGGCCUCUUCUACCUGCUGGACGAGGAGAGCAACUUCCCCCACGCCACCAGUCAGACGCUGCUGGCCAAGUUCAAGCAGCAGCACGAGGACAACAAGUACUUCCUGGGCACCCCGGUCCUGGAGCCGGCGUUCAUCAUCCAGCACUUCGCCGGGAAAGUGAAAUACCAGAUCAAGGACUUCCGGGAGAAGAACAUGGACUACAUGCGACCCGACAUCGUGGCCCUGCUGCGGGGCAGCGACAGCGCCUACGUGCGCGAGCUCAUCAGCAUGGACCCCGUGGCCGUCUUCCGCUGGGCCGUGCUGCGCGCCGCCAUCCGCGCCAUGGCUGUGCUCCGCGAGGCCGGGCGCCUGCGGGCUGAGAGGGCCGAGAAGGCCGCAGCAGACGUGGGCAGUCCUGGCAGCCGAAGCCACGCGGGGGAGCCGCCGAAAGGAGCCGGCACGCCGUCGGAAAAGCUGUACCGCGAUUUGCAUAACCAAAUCAUCAAGAGCAUCAAGGGGCUGCCGUGGCAGGGCGAGGACCCGCGGAGGCUCCUCCAGGCCCUGGGUCGGCUCCCGAAGCCCUGCACCUCCGUCCUGAAGAGUAAAGGUAUCAAACCAAAGCAGACCAUCCCGAAGAACCUGCUGGACUCCAAGUCCCUGAAGCUGGUCAUCAGCAUGACCCUGCACGACCGCACCACCAAGUCACUGCUGCACCUGCACAAGAAGAAGAAGCCGCCCAGCAUCAGCGCCCAGUUCCAG